CCAGGCCUGCGGGCGGCCUGUGUGCCCAGCCACGGGCUGCUCACCACGCGCUUCUCUCCACAGGUCGGCGAGACUCCUGGCCAUGUCUAAGCAGCAGCCAGCCCAGUUUAUAAACCCGGAAACCCCUGGCUAUGUCGGCUUCGCGAACCUUCCCAAUCAAGUUCACCGGAAGUCCGUGAAGAAAGGCUUCGAGUUCACCCUGAUGGUGGUCGGGGAAUCGGGCCUGGGGAAGUCGACGCUCAUCAACAGCUUGUUCCUGACGGACCUGUACCCGGAGAGGGCCAUCCCAGGAGCCGCAGAGAAAAUAGAGAGGACGGUCCAGAUUGAGGCGUCCACUGUGGAGAUUGAGGAGCGCGGGGUCAAGCUUCGCCUGACAGUGGUGGACACG